AGUGUGUCAUCCGGUCGAGGAGUGGAGGACUGGGAGCAAGCUUUCCUCUGCAAGCACAGAGUUUAGACCCAUGCACAGACGUGGACGGCUGUGUCGGCUGCAGGCGGACUGACCCGUGACUGGAACGGCCGCGGCUCCAAACUGGGCUGGAUGGGAGCUUGUGGAGGCUGCUCCUCCAGCGCAUGUUCUACCUGGGCUCCAUGGUUGUGGAGAUAUUACUAACUCCUGCCCACUCACAAGUUAAGGCAGCAUUCGAUCCCCUGUUGUGUGUGUCGCCGUCACCAUGAACAAACAGCCGAGUAAGGAGAGCUUGAAGGAUAAAGUAAAGGGGAUUUUUGGGUUGGGACCACCACGGCCUCCCAGCAAGCAGAGCGACAGCAAGCCCUCUGAGUUUAUCAUCACCGCCGACAUCCUCAAGGAGCUCCAGCAUGACAACGGCUUAAGCGUGCGCGUCCGCGUCAUGAAUCACAUAUGCGAUCUCGCCAAAACAAAAAAAUUUGAGGAGCACGCAGUGGAGGCGGUGUGGAAGGCCGUGGAGGACAUGCUGACUCCAGAACAGCCUCCAGAGGCCAGGCACGCCGUGCUUCAUCUGCUCAGGGCCAUUAUCCAGGGCCAGGGCGAGCGGCUCGGCCCUCUCAGAGCCUACUUCUUCAAAGUGGUCAGAGAUUACCAGCCGUCCAACGAGGACCUGUCCGACAGGCUGGAGGUGUUCAAGGCCUUAACGGAGAACGGAAAGGACAUCACGUACCUGGAGGAGGAUAUCGCGCGCUUCGUCCUCCUGUGGAUGGACAUUGGUCUCACCUCCGACUUCCUGCAUGUUCUGGUGAACCUGGUGAAGUUCAAUAGCUGCUACCUGGACCAAAACGUGUCCAUCAUGGUCCAGAAAAUCUGUCUGCUGUGCAACAGAACCACAUCUUCCUCAGAUAUUGAGGCAGCUCGGUCCUUUAAAGACUCUUCAGACUACAAAGUGGCUCUUCAAGUAUUGGAUGCAGUUGUGUGCUACAACUGCCUGCCCUCCGACUCGCUCACCGUCUUCAUCAUCACGCUGUGUCGCGCCAUCAACGUCAAGGAGUUUUGUGAAUCCUGCUGGAAGCUGAUGAGGAAGGUGUUGGGGACUCACCUCGGCCACAGCGCCAUCUACACCAUGUGUCGCAUCAUGGAGGAGAGGGUGUACAUGGAGGACGCGUCGCUGUUGAGAGGAGCAGUGUUCUUCGUUGGGAUGGCGCUGUGGGGGGCUCACAGACUGCCUGCCCUCAAAAACACCCCCACCCUCGUCUUGCCGUCUUUCUACAAGGCCAUGUCUUGUGCCAACGAGGUGGUGUCCCAUGAAAUCGUCCUCUCCAUCACCAGGCUGAUCAAGAAGUACGGAAAGGAGCUGCAGGUGGUGACCUGGGACAUCCUGCUGGGAAUCAUCGAGCGGCUGCUGCAGCAGAUCCAGACGAUAGGGAGCACGGAGCUGAAGGCCAUCGUCUACGAGCUGCUGACCACGGUGGAGGAGCUGUACGAGCAGAACGGUUACCACGGCUCCACUGAGAAGUUCUUCAGCCUGGUGGAGAAGUGUGCCGACAAGAGACCCGAUGCGUCAGUGCUCACCCUCAUCUCGUACCGCGCUCAGUCCAUCCAGCCGGCCAAGGACGGCUGGAUUCAGAGUCUUCACCGCCUCAUGGAGAAGUUCUUCAGAAACGAGACUCGCAGCGUCAUCAGGAUCAAAGUGCUUCACAUCCUGUCCUUCGUUCUGAGCACCAACCGUCAGCUCUAUGAGGAUGAGUUGAUUGAAAUGGUGGUGAUCCCCCAGCUCAGCGGGAUCGCUGAGGACCGGGAUCUGGCCGUCAGGAAACAGGCCACCCAGCUCCUGGUGGACCUGGCCGAGGGCUGCAACACACACCACUUCACCAGCCUGCUGGACAUCAUUGAAAGGGUGGCCAGUCGCUCUCUGGUCUGCUCGGGGCCCCUGGAGGUUUCUGAGAGAGACCCCACAGCUGAGUCUCCUAUGGAAGAUGUCAGGACGGCCAUACUGGGCCUGCUGGAAAUCCUUCAGAGCAAACUGUACAGCCUGCCAGCCAGCCACGCCAGUCGCGUUUAUGAAUUACUGAUCAGCCACCUCCAGCUUCACUACAAGAACAAGUACUGUUCAGCUAUUGCCUCCAGUAUCAGACUGCAGGUGUUUGACUUCUUCCUCAUGAUGCGCGCCGACUCUCUUCACCGACUCGGCGUUCCCAACAAAGAUGGCGCCAUAAGAUUCAGCCCUUAUUGCUAUUGUGACACAGGAGAGCUGGAGAAGCGUGUCGGUGAGAAGAAGCUGACGGGCUCAACAUCGCCUCCUGCUGGCAGUCCUGCUCCUCCUGCUGCUCCGCCCGCUUCAGCGGCGUCUGUUCGCUCGGCCUACCUGCCCUACGCCCCCGCCUUCAGCGUCCUGCUGCAGUGCCUCAAGAUGGAGAUGGACUGGAAGGUGCUGAAGCUGGUUCUGGACAAGCUGCCGUGGACGCUGCAGUACAAAGUGCUGCUGCUCACGUCGCCCUGCAGCCUGGAUCAGCUCUGCUCCACGCUCUGCUGCAUGGUGACAGAUCGCCUGAUCUCAGAGCGUUUAAAGAAAACCCCAGAGGGAUUUUCACGCACGGACGUCCAGCUGGCCGUCGUUCCCGUCCUCACAGCCAUCACUUCCUACCACAAUUACUUGGAACAAUCAAGACAGAGAGAGCUGGUCCAGUGCCUGGAGACGGGCCUCAUUUACCGCUGUGCCAAACAGUGCGUGGUGGCCCUCACCAUGUGCACGGUGGAGAUGCCCGACAUCAUGAUCAAGCUCCUGCCGGCUCUGAUCGUGAAGCUGACGCACAUAUCCGCCACCGUAGCCAUGGCUUCUCCCAUGCUGGAGUUUCUCUCCACCCUGGUGCGCCUCCCUCACCUCUACGCCAACUUCGUAGCUGAGCAGUACGUCAGCGUGUUCGCCAUCUCGCUACCUUACACCAACCCCUCCAAAUUCAACCAGUACAUUGUGUCCCUCGCCCACCAUGUGAUCGCCAUGUGGUUCAUCCGCUGCAGACUGCCCUUCCGCAAGGACUUCGUUCAAUACAUAACAAAGGGUUUACGCUCCAACGCUCUGCUCCCGUUCGAUGACAGUCACGAGCAAAGUCCAUUUCGAGCCCGAAGCACCAGCCUCAACGAACGGCCCAAGAGUCUGCGGGCGGCCAAAGUGGCAAAGGCGGCGGCGGCAGUAGCCAAUAGCAGCAGCUCUCCAGUUAAAGAGCUGCGGGACCUGUCAGCCAUGGACGCUUUCCGCUCCCGCAGCAUCAGCGUCUCCGAACACGCGGUCCGCAGGAUGCACACCUCAACCACCACCUGCAGUCUGGGCUCUGCAGACGAAAAUGCCGUGACUCAGGCCGACGAGGGGCUGAAGACCGUCCACCUGGAGCUCACCGAGACCUGCCUGGACAUGAUGGCGCGAUACGUGUUUUCCAAUUUCUCCGCACUGCCCAAAAGGUCUCCCAUUGCAGAGUUCCUGUUGGCGGGAGGCCGCAGCAUGACCUGGCUGGUGGGCAACAAGCUGGUGACCAUCACGACCAGUGGAGGGGUCCGAACUCAGGCGCUGCUGGGCCUGGACAUGGCUGAACGUCUGGGAGGGGGAGGGGAGAUGACCAGGUCAGACCCGUCGCUCCACACCCGGAUGACCAAAGAGGCUCCGGCCAAACUGGAGUCUCAGUCCAGCCAGCAGCACAACAGAGCCACGCGCAUUCGAGUCCGCUCCAUGUCAGGCGGCCACGCUCUCCGCGCCGGCCCCGCUCAGAGCCUCAGUCCUCUGGUUUCCCCCUCUGAGGGCGAGCUGACGGCUCCGCUGUCCCCCUCCACCGCACCCACCCUGGACGGCCUGGGCCCUCCGUCCUCCGCCUCUGCCAACCCGUCGGCUCCUCCUCCGCUCAAAGACAACCCCAGCCUGGCCGAGUUUGUCCCCAUGCUCACUCAGGGGUGGGCCGAAAUCUUCAUCCGGAGACCAUCGGGAAACACGAGCUGGCUGAUGUGUUUGGAGAACCCCCCCAGUCCGUUCUCCUCUGAGCUGGGCAACAUGCCGCUGCAGGAGCUCUCCAGCGUCCUGAUGGCCAUGGAGGGCGUGAAGGAGCCGCCGGCCCAGACGGCCAGCGCCCCCGCCAGCACCGCCGCUCCGGCACCCACGUCCGUGUCAGACACCCUGACCCAGACUCACAGUGGCGUCGGAGCAAAGGCCCACCUCAUCCAGCGCUCCAACACCGUGGGCGGCUCUCUCUGGUCUCUGGGUCUGGGCACUGCCCCCCCAGGCCCCCCAGGCCCCCCAGCCCCUGGCAGGUUGCACAGGAGCAUUUCCUGGGCAGACUCUGUGGUGGUGCCCGAGGAAGGCCUGGGCGCGAAGGCACAGACCCCGUCCGACUGGCUGGAGAGUGAAGAGUUUGAGCCGAUGAGCCCUGAUCCCAUCUUCAUCUCAGCAGACAAGUUCUCCAAGGCUGCUCCUCCGGGAACGCUCAGCAGGUCGUCGUCCACGUCCAGCCAGGACGACGAGAAGUCGACUCUGGAGGAGGUGAGCGAGGGAGCCAUCCCCAUCGACCAGCCCACCCCGGGCCCGUCCACCCCGGGGAGCCAGGGCCCCGAGCUGCCCUUCCAGACUCACAGCCAGUCGCAGGGCCACGGACUCAACAAGUCCAGCUCGUCUCCGGAGCUCCAGACUUUACCCGAGGCCUUCACCAAGGCGGCCAUGGAGUCGGAGGCCGCGCUGGCGGAGACGUCUCGGCCCAGAGCGCCGUCUGACGGCAAGCCCCAGCCCCAGCCCCAGCCCCAGCCCCAGCCCCAGACUGAUAAAGACAAAGUGGAGGGAGGCUCGGCGGGGGACGUCAGUGGAGCGGGGGCUCAGGGUCAAGCCGCCGACGGCCCGGGCGCGGCGCCGUCUCAGAGCGGAGGAGCGGUGAUGAGGCUGUCUUUUCCAGCAGCGCCGGCGCAGCCUGGACCCAUCUCCCCCAGCGGAGGCCACCGCCCCCGCGGACACACCAUCUCCGUGUCGGCCCCCUCCUCCAGGAGGGAGAGGAGGACCGACAGGGACUCGUACCACAGUCGGCCCGGACCCAGUAACACCGAGAAGCUGUCGGGCCUCAGCCCCAGCUUUGUUUUUCUUCAACUCUACCACUCUCCUUUCUUUGGAAAUGAGGCCAACAAGCCGCUGCUGCUGCCCAAAACUCAGGUGAUCGACCGAGCUGUGAAGGUUCUGGACCAGAUGCCUCCUUAUGACACCCAUAAGAUCGGCGUGGUGUUUGUGGGCGCCGGUCAGGUCAACAACGAAGUUGCCAUCCUGUCCAACGAGUACGGCUCCAACCGCUACGCCGCCUUCCUCACAGGCCUGGGAAAAUUGAUCCACCUGAAGGACUGCGACCCCGACCAGAUCUUCCUGGGGGGGCUGGACCAGUACGGAGACGACGGGGAGUUCACCUACUGCUGGCACGACGACAUCAUGCAGGCCAUUUUCCACAUCGCCACACUGAUGCCCAACAGGGAGAGCGACAAAGGCUGCUGCAACAAGAAGCGACACAUCGGCAACGAUUUUGUGAUGGUGGUGUACAACGACUCCGGAGAGGAGUACAAACUAGGCACUAUAAAGGGUCAGUUUAACUUCGUAGAAGUCAUUAUUAAACCGCUGGAUUAUGAAUGUAACCUCGUGACCCUCCAGUGCCGUAAAGACCUGGAGGGCUUAGUCGACACGACGGUGGCCAAAAUAGUUUCAGACCGGAACCUCCCGCUGCUGGUGAGGCAGAUGGCUCUGCAUGCGAAUAUGGCGUCCCUGGUGCAUCAGUACAGAGCGAACCCGUCCGACGCUUACGCCUCCAAGUGGCUGGCCAGACUCCGGCACAUCAAAAGGAUCCGGACCCGAGCUCAAGAAGACAUCCAGUCCCGCUCGACUCCGGGCAUCUCUCUGACCCAGGGACACUCGCAGCAGAACAAGUCGUUUCAGCAGAGCGCCCCGGCGCCGAACCCCGAGGCCUCCGGCCAGAGGAAGAGACUGGUGUCCACCGUGGACGACUUCACAGACUUCGUCUGAUCACGCUUCUCGACCUGGCUGACGCACUCGCAUACACGCACACACAGACACGCUCCAGCACGGCUGCGUUUGUGUGUAAACCGUGUAUGUAAUAAACAGAAUUGAUGGAAAAGAAGAGUGAGAUUAGUCU